CUGAGAAUUGGUUUAGAAGAAAACUAACAWCUCUUUCAUACAGGCAMAGAAAKUCAAACUAACUGACGAACAAUUCAAUCYAAUUCAAGAAAAGAGCAACCAGAGCCGAUUCUUCCAAGUAAACAUAAAAAGCAAAUAGUCUUAUUUUCGUAAAGUAACUAUCRCUUAGUCAGUUGGACAUUCAACGAAAUAUAGUUUAUCUGAAGGACAAAUCUACCAAGAUGAGUUUUAUCAACUACUUGAAGCUUCUGGUCCGACGGCGAACAAAAGACAUUCUUGAAUCAGAGACGGUGUUUCAUCGUUGUCUAAAAUCACUGGAUGUUACUUUACUGGGUUUAGGUUCUAUGUUAGGAGCAGGGCUCUACAUCGCUACUGGUUCUAUAGCUCGAACUACAGCUGGGCCAGCCAUAGUUUUAUCUCUUCUAAUAGCAGCAAUACCAGCAUGCUUGUGUUCACUUUGUUACGCUGAAUUUGGUUCAAGGAUAUCACGAACAGGYUCUUCUUACACUUACACAUACUUCGCUAUGGGUGAAAUAUGGGCAUUUUGGGUUGGUUGGAACUUAAUCCUUGAGAAUACGAUCGCUGUGGCACUUUUAGGCCAUGAAAUAAGUCGCUUUAUUGACAAUAUGGCUGGAGGAYAUAUMUACGGGUUCUUUACUAAAUAUAUAUCAAACUGGCAAGUCACUGGGUUUCUUCGUUUUCCAGACUUUCUUGCAUUCGGAGUGGUAUUAAUAUUCACAAUUGUCUCGGCCGUUGGAGUUAGGAAAACAGCGUCUUUUAUACGCAUCGCUACGCUUAUUAACAUUCUUGUUCUGUUAUUCGUGAUUCUUGCCGGYAUUUACUAUGUGGAUACAAAGAAUUGGAAUACUGUAGAGAAAUUCGCUCCUUUUGGYUUCCAUGGUAUCAUGGCAGGUGCCGCCAGCUCAUACUUCUCGUACCUUGGAUUUGACACUUUAAACACUGCAAGCGAAGAGACUAUUCAGCCUCGAAAGAUCAUCCCUUGUGCAAAUACUAUUAGUACCUAUGCAGGAGUCGUGGUAUACCUGGUAAUUGCUGGUAUUUUGACAUUAAUGAUUCCUUAUAGUGAACUGUCUACAAAUAUUGCYUUACCCGAAGCCUUCUCCUACCAAGGCUUUCCAUUAGGCAAGUACUUCGUGGCUGUUGGAGGAGUGUUCGCAAUGACUACAUCUUUAGUGACAUAUCUUUUUUCUGGGUCUCGGAUUAUGUACGCCAUGGCAAACGACGGUCUUUUGUUUGAGUUUUUUGGUAGUGUUAGUAWKAUGACGCAAGCUCCUGUUCGUUCUGUGUUCUUCUGUGGUCUGAAUGCYGCUAUUGUGGCCCUGUUUGUGGACACUAACAAGCUAGUAGAGAUGCUGUCUAUUGGUACAAUGCUGGCUUACACAAUGGUCGCUAUUUCUGUCCUUUUAGAUCGCUAUAAAUCACCAUAUCAUGAAGGGCUAACCAUUAAAGUACCAAUACUUCAAAAAGACAACGACAAUAACGAUAACAAACAUGCUGAAGAAGACACAACUUGCUGCAAAAGAAUGCAUGAAUUAUGGAAAAGUCGCGACACUAAAACAGAAAAUGAAAAGAAUGAGCAAGUUCCAAAGCGUUUGCCAGACUCUAAGACCUUUUCGAUUGCCUGCAUGUCAUGUGCAACUAUGGUUGUAUCAACAUAUGGAUUUUGCCUCGCAGUGCAACGAAAUUACACAUUCGCGUACAUCAUGGCUGGAAUCUUUGCAGUAAUCUGCAUAUUCUCCGUGAUAGUUCUUUGCAUUCAGCCGAGACAUCAUAUCGAAACCAAGUACUCUGUACCAUAUGUACCUACAAUCCCAAUUUUAAGCAUCGUCAUCAAUGAAUACAUAUUAACAAAUCUAUCAAAGAUCACUUGGGCAAGUUUYACGGCAUGGUCGUUUCUUGGUUUUGCCGUUUAUUUUAUUUAUGGCUUUCACCACAGUAAAGAAGGCCAAGAAGAUGAUGAAAUCCAAAGGUUUUUGCUGAAGUAUUCUUCGCCGACCAAGAGUAGUGAAGACUAUUCUCCGCCGUCAAGCAGCACAAGUAGUGAUGAUGAAACAGUGCUUUCAUCAAUGAUCAUGACAACAGAUGAAGAAAGAUCACCAGUCAAGAAACUAAACGCACCUAGAAAGUCUUAACAUAACGGGGAUACUAGUUAGUGUAUUAGUACACCUAUCGGUAAAUCAUUUUUCUUUCUUGGUAAUGAUCAUGGAAUGAUAGUUUGAAUUCCUUUUCGAUAGUAUAGUAAAUAAAUUUAAAUAAUUAGACUUUAGUCAAAAAAUAUGUGAUAACGUUUAUGAAGAAUGAAAUAAUUUUCGCAUAGUAGAGGUGAAAGCUUGAUUAUAGUACAGAAAAAAUCUAAAUAUAACUUAAAAGUAAUUARUUUAGAACUAAGGGCGAGGGAAUAAGUUAGAUAAAUUAACGAUAGAUUUUAAAAUUUUGAUAAUGUCAAGUGGCCGAGGCCAUUUUCACACAAGGGAGACAGAAUAUUCUCGUAAAAGUCAUAAAGUGAAUAACUUGCACUAUAUUAUCCUGUCCAAUCUUUCAUAAAUAGAAAUAUAUGACAACACGGCGGGUCACAUUUCGUUUUGAGUUCGCAUUCGAAUUAGAAUCGACAAUCUUGUCUAUAGUUGUCAUAGUUUCCCAUACAGUGAAAAACGUUGCCACGCUGUCGAGAUCUCAGUUCCAGUCGUUUUCAACGAUACAACUAGAUAUUGAGAGCUGAACGUUUCUACGACUUGUAAGAAAUCAAACUUAUAAGAAUGUUAUUAAUAAAUAUGAAGUUCAAAGUA